AUGCCUUCCGCAUGGCGGAUUGCGCCGUCCCCGCCCAUGGACUGGCACUCUUCUGAAGCCAUUGGCAAUUUGUAUCUGUCGGAUAACGAGGCCAAGCCGGCGGCGCCUGGGCCCAGAAGCGCUCUCGUGCGGAUCAAAGCCGCUGCUCUCAACGCCCGAGAUGCGAUGGUCAUUGCCCGCAGCCCGGCGUUCCCCAACGUGGCCAAACCGCAUCUGAUAGCGGGCGGCGAUGGCGCCGGCGUGGUCGAAGCGGUCGGGCCAGACAGCAGGUGGAAAAUUGGGGACACGGUCCUGCUGACCACGAAUCUGUGGGUGGACGGGGAUGUCCUUGUCAUGGAUCGAUCAACCAGCUUGGGCGCAGGAGAUCAAGACGGCACCCUGACGGAAUAUGCUGUUCUGGCCGAUGAUCGACUUGUCCCUGCGCCGACGCAUUUAUCGUCCGCAGAAGCCGCAGCUUUAGGACUGGCCGCCGGGACCGCCUCGAAUGCUCUCUUCUAUGGGCCCCAACCUUUCAAAAAGGGCAUGACUGUUCUCACUCAGGGAACCGGGGGCGUCAGCUGCUUUGCCAUUCAGUUAGCAUCGGCCUCCGGGGCUACCGUGAUUGCAACCUCGUCAUCGGAUGAAAAGCUCGAGACUGCUCGCAAGCUCGGAGCGACUCAUCUGAUCAACUACACCAAAACCCCGGAUUGGGCGGCCGAGGUCCUUCGCAUUACCCAGGGCAAAGGAGUCGACCACGUCCUGGACCUGGGCGGCGUGGGAACCGUUGCACAGUCUAUCCGCUCUGUCAGGCCGGGAGGCUUGGUCUCCCUCAUAGGUUUCCUGGCCGGAGGCGAACCGACCAACCUCAUCCCCGCGAUCGUCGGUGGCGCCAAAGUCGUUCGUGGUGUGAUGGGAUCUCGACGUGAUAUGAUCGAGAAAGCGGUGCAGAUCAUCAACGACCACCAGCUUCAUCCUGUAAUCUCGAAAUUGUACCAGUGGCAGGACGUCAAGGCGGCAUUUGAGGCCCUGGUCAGCAAGUCUGGUGUGGGAAAGAUUGUGAUAAAGGUUGGAGAUUAG